UCCAUUCCUCUCCGAAGCAGAGCGUGGUGUGGUGAUAGCAGCAGCAGCAGCAGCAGCAGCAGCACGCUCCAGAUCGGGGCCACUGAAGGGCGAACGAGACUAGACGAAGGAGAGCAUCCUACUCCUCGCCUUGCCAAGCCCAUCCUUGCAGCCCUCGCCGGAUUCAGGUAGUCAUGAGUGGUGGCACCAUCUGGAUAGUGGGUAUGGCCUGGGCAUUAACAGUGCUGUGUGCCAGUGCGAAGGGCAUAGAGGACCGCUGCUUAUCUGGAGGGAAACACAAAUCCAGUCCAAGCCCAGAAGGACAGCUGGGUAUCUGCCAGAUCUAUGCGGAGAGUGCCUGUUGCUCACCAGAGGUUGCCCAGGACCUUUCCAAAGCCAAUGACAUCUAUUGGAACCGCUGUGGAAGCCUCAGCAGCAGAUGUGAGGAAUAUAUGCAGCAAGUGGAAUGUUUCUACCGCUGCUCUCCCAUUGCUGCCCAGUGGCCUCAUCCUCAGCGACCCACAGCUAUGCAGGCUGUGCCCCUCUGCCAGAGUUUCUGUGACCAAUGGUAUGACGCUUGCAAAGAAGACCUGACCUGCGCUCGUAAUUGGCUUACUGACUGGCACUGGGGACCUGAUGGGAAUAACUGCAGCCAUGACUGCCUCUCGUAUGGCCAGAUGUACAAGGAUGGAAAGGAGUUGUGCGAGACCAUCUGGGACGAUUCUUUUGCUGUCAGCAGUGACCCCUGUGAGUGCCUAACUCUGGCAGCCUCCGAUGCAGCCUUCCCCUCUUCUUAUUCCCACCCUGAAGACAGUGACAGCAUUGAGGAGUCCGACACCACGAAGGAGGGCAGCAGAAGAGAAGGCCGCAUCAGGAUUUGUACGGGCAAUCUGCUCUACCGACGCCUGAGAAGGAACAUGCAGAAGCGUUCGGUCUUCAUGGAAGAUGUGGAGGGGAGUGGGAGUGGGUUCUGAUCCAAGACAGCUACCCUCCCCAGGGAAAAUAACCCCCUCCCCUGUGAUUGCCGGGGGCUUGGGGGGAUCGCUUGUGAUCUAUGCAAAUCCGUCAUGUCCCACCUUACCAGCUUCUUGCCACCUUGUCUAGCUCUGUGCAACUUGGCAUAUGGUCAUGGGGCAAAAGAAGCCGAUCUGUUACCUUAACAGGCCUCCCGGUCCCAUGCCGUAGCGGUAGAGCUGACCCCGCCAGGGCGCCUUCAUCUCCUGGGAGCUGGUCCAUGGCCACUGCUUUCCUCAAGCUCUCCAUUUUGUACAGGUAGAAAAGCCUGGUUAGAGAGCAGUUGAUGUGACAUCUCCACUCCCAAUGCCCUGCCUUCCCUUCCCUUUGUGCCCUUCCAAGAGCUGGCCCGAAGGGUCCUUCAUUGGGGGCCCCUCAGAGGCUCUGGUGAAUGAACACACUUGAGAAAACAAGGGAUUGUGUGGCUGAAAAGAAAGGUGUGACAUGAUCUACACUGGAGAACUUAGCCCCUACUGCUGAUAUGGUUUCAAGUACAUUUGCUAGUGGGCCUGAGCCAAAAUGGAAGGCCUUCCACUGGUUGAGCCAACAUGGAGGCAGCAGGCAAUAGAUAAAUCACUGCCCAUUAGGUGGGGCUAGAGAGCUACAUUGACAUAGUUACAGGCCGGGAGUCAGGAAGGCUGCAGUUACAUGAGGACCGAUAGCUGCUGCUCCAUUAAAUUGGCUCACACCCAGCACUCGCUUUAACUUUUAUGCCACCAAACGCUGGUUGUACAGAUCUGGCUUGUUAAGUUUAAUAAUGCAAUGUGUGCAUCAGGGAAAACAUUUCAAGCACUCUGUACAAAAUGCAUAGCGUCCAACAAGAAGCGAUCUGUGCCAUGUAGCAUAUGUUCUAGUCAGAAAAGCAUCUAAUGAUGGGAUGCAGACAGUCAGGCCUGGGGUCCAAAUCCAUCUGGCCAUGCCCUUUCCCCCACAACCACCUGUCACGGGUCGUUUUUUUGUUUUUGCUUUUGUGCAGUCUUUCCUCCAUUGUAAAAGGUUGAAAUGAAUCCCCUAAGGCUUCGUUUCAGAAAGAGCUUUAAGCUAAAACAUGCUGGUGUUUUGGGAAUUUUGCCCCCACCCCCCACUGGAAUGCAGUCCCCCAAGAUUUGGCCCUCAGCCAAAGAGAGAUUCUGCACCCCUGAUCUAAUGGAAAAUGAAGGGUGGGGUUGGAGAGCGCAAGAGUCCCCGUGCCUCCACAUCUUUUAUGCGGCACUCCUUGAAUUUCACCAAACCAACCCCGGUG